GUUUCCUGUUGUUCCUUUCGUAGAUCCAUAAGUAACUUCGCAUAAAACAGGCAUCUAGAUUGCUGCCUCGCUAUUGGACAACGUAACAUCCCCUUUCCCUUCUCAUCGGACAUGGCUGCAGUCAUGAAGGUCCUCCGGCCCAACCCAACGCUCGACAAGCUAAGUCGAUUCCUGAACUCUGUCAGAGGUACUGACAAGGUUCUUAUGCUGGUGCAAUAUGCCUCCAAAAUCCUGAUAUGGCACCUCCGACGCAACCCCGAAAAGGCCUCCACCCUCGUCCAACGAAUCCUUAACCUGGUCGGGCCCAUCUCCGACUUCCGCAUCCUGCUCCGCUACUACGGCCUCAUCCCCCUCACCCAAUGGGCGCUCUACUCCGAAGCCAAUCCGGCGCCCACCGCCAAACUGCAGCUGCUGACUCGACUCCAGAACCUGUGCAAUUUCUGCUAUUACCCGCUGGAACACGCCUACUGGCUCGGCCUACACCAGGUCGUGAAGAUGAAGCCGGAGACGAGGGAUAGGAUCGGGAUCUGGUCGUGCCGGUUCUGGGCGGCGUAUGUCGUCUUGUACUUUGGCCAGCUGUGGGAGGAGCGCAAGCUUUUGAGAAAGAGGGAGCGCGAGUUGAGGGAACGGAAGGUUAAGGUCGGCGGUGAUGUGAAGGAGGUGGACGUGGGAGGCUUGGUCGCCGAUGUGCAGAAGCUGAAUGAGGAGAAGAAUAUGUUGGCUAUCAACGCACUCAUCAACGCUGCGUACUUCCCGCUGACUAUCCACUGGUCGCUGGAGUCCAGCUCGUUCCCGGAUGUGGGCGUGGGAAUCUGCGGGACGAUUGCUGCUGUAGCGCAAUUUUAUACCGCAUGGAAGUCGGCUUGA